AUGGCAAGCUUCCUGGAUCUUGUCCGGGCUGCUCAAGAUCGUCCAGGCGGCGGAUUCGCGCUAGACCCUGCAAGAAUGGAAGAAAACAUUCGAGGUCUUCGGAAUGUUAGAAACGCCGCGGCAGCAGACGAUGAGAUGUCUGGACCGCCCCAAGGUCAGGUCCGUGUGGUUGGAGACCCCGAAAUUGUGGAUGCUGAAGGGAGAGCCGUUCAUUAUUUGGGGCCCGCUUUGCUAGUGAUCCAUGACGACCGUGGUAUGGUGCGAGCACUUGAGUUCGUCGGUGUAGGGGACGAUGACGACUACAUCAACGAAGUCUGGCACCUCGAUGUUCUGACGGGGACCUACAAGUACAAACACCUCUCACCGCUGCAGAGUUCCCGGAUUACUCUACCCGCACAUGGUGAGCCGGAGUUCCAGGCUGGUACAUCUUCCUGGAUCUCGGAGCGAGCCUCGAAUGCAAAGCCUUCCCAAGACUUCCUUCGACAAUUCAAGCCAAGAAGUGAGACUUUCUUCGUGGAUUCCAGAAGGGGCAGGUUUGUCCGUGGACCACCGUAUGGCCUGUUGCGAGGCGUGCUCGAGAACCCCAAGCCCUUGGUCAGGUCACUCUUCGGAAGCAAUUCCAUGGAAGCGGAAGUUUGGAUGAGGGAAGCGGCCGCUCUUGCGAGCGGUGCCGCAAGCAGUGCUCGCCCCUGCAGGGAGAUGCAAGCAGUGCAAGUGGCGCAGUUGGCAUAUGGUCUGGCCGCAUGCCGUGUGAAGUGA